AAGAAGAGACGCUCCGCCCUCUUCACAGGUUCUGUAUAAAAGCUUUAGGCAUUUCCGGGCUCAGUCUUUUCACCAUUUCCACCGUUGGUGUACUUGCUGUUGCUGAUCCCAGUCGCUCAAAAUGGCCAAGGAGAAAAUCCACAUCAACAUCGUGGUCAUCGGCCACGUCGAUUCCGGCAAGUCCACCACCACCGGACACUUGAUCUACAAAUGCGGCGGCAUUGACAAACGAGCUAUCGAAAAGUUCGAGAAGGAGGCUGCUGAGAUGGGCAAGGGCUCCUUCAAGUACGCCUGGGUGCUGGACAAGCUGAAAGCAGAGCGUGAGCGUGGUAUUACCAUUGACAUCGCUCUGUGGAAGUUUGAGACCACCAAGUACUACGUGACCAUCAUUGAUGCCCCUGGACAUAGGGACUUCAUCAAGAACAUGAUCACUGGCACGUCUCAGGCUGAUUGCGCCGUGCUGAUCGUCGCUGCUGGCGUGGGUGAGUUUGAGGCUGGUAUCUCUAAGAACGGCCAGACCCGCGAACACGCCUUGCUGGCCUACACCCUCGGCGUGCAGCAGCUCAUCGUUGGAGUCAACAAAAUGGACUCCACCGCGCCCCCUUACUCCGAGCAACGCUACUUUGAAAUCACGAAGGAAGUCAGCGGCUACAUCAAGAAGAUUGGAUACAAUCCCAAAGCCGUCUGCUUCGUCCCCAUCUCCGGAUGGCACGGAGACAACAUGCUGGAACCCAGUGACAAUAUGAAGUGGUUCAAGGGCUGGUCGAUUGAGCGCAAGGAGGGCAAUGCCAGUGGUAAGACCUUGUUCGAGGCUCUGGAUGCCAUCCUCCCCCCGAAACGACCCACCGACAAGGCCCUCCGUCUCCCCCUGCAGGAUGUCUACAAAAUUGGAGGUAUCGGAACAGUGCCAGUGGGCCGUGUGGAGACUGGUAUUCUGAAGCCCGGCAUGAUCGUCACCUUUUCUCCUGUCAACCUGACCACCGAGGUCAAGUCUGUGGAGAUGCACCAUGAGUCUCUGCCCGAGGCCUUGCCCGGUGACAAUGUGGGUUUCAACAUCAAGAACGUGUCUGUCAAGGAUGUGCGCCGUGGCUUUGUUGUGGGUGACAGCAAGAGCGACCCACCCAAGGGUGCCGCGUCAUUCAAAUCUCAGGUCAUCAUCCUGAACCACCCUGGCCAGAUCAGUCAAGGCUACUCCCCCGUGCUGGACUGCCACACGGCUCACAUCGCCUGCAGGUUUAGCGAGCUGCUUGAGAAGAUCGACCGUCGUUCCGGCAAGGUGCUUGAAGAAAACCCCAAGUUUGUUAAGUCUGGAGACGCCGCCAUUGUCAAGUUGGUACCCUCCAAACCCAUGACGGUGGAGGCCUUCUCUGAGUACCCACCGCUUGGCCGUUUUGCCGUGCGGGACAUGAGACAGACUGUGGCUGUCGGCGUCAUCAAGGAGGUGGAGAAGGACCAAAACGCCGCCGGGAAGGUCACCAAGUCCGCACAGAAGGCACAGAAGAAAUGAACCGCCAUGUCGGUUGCGCAACACAAAGUCGCCAAUGUCUCCUCCGCUCGGCCAUUUUCUCCCCUCAUCAGUUUGCUCCUUAAGGACUGGUUUCUGCUUGUUAAAACUCACUGGAAAAGGAUCCGUAGGAAAGGAGUACAUGCCUUCCUUUUUGCAAUAAAUGCAUUAAAGUUAGGGAAAUAAACAUCUGAUGUACAACCAA